GGGGCUGAGCCGGCCUGGCCGGAAAGCGGAAGCGGCGUGCUCUGGAUUUGUCGCUGGAGAAUAAGCAGCGCGUGGUGUCUGAGCUUUGGGCAAUCUGAAAUCUUAUGGAAGGAGCGAAGGGAGAGGGGCCAGCUGGAGGAGGCGCCAUGGAGAAGUGCAUGGAGCAACCUGGCCAGCAGGACUACCACAUUCGGGAUGGGGACUUUGUGGUGCUGAAGAGAGAGGACGUGUUCAAAGCCGUACAGGUGCAGCGGAGAAAAAAAGUUACCUUUGAGAAACAGUGGUUUUUUUUGGAUAAUGUCAUUGGGCACAGUUAUGGAACUACAUUUGAAGUAUCUAAUAGUGGGAACCUUCAACCUAAGAAGAUGAUGGAAGAGAUCACUUCAGGUGUGUCUUAUUUUUUAGAAACUAAAGAAGCUGGAAUUGAUAAUCGAAAUAUAGUUGAUGAUGGAAAGUCUCAGAAACUCACUCAAGAUGACAUAAAAGCUUUGAAGGACAAGGGCAUUAAAGGAGAGGAAAUUGUUCAGCAGUUAAUUGAAAAUAGUACAACAUUCCGAGAUAAGACAGAAUUCGCACAAGAUAAAUAUAUAAAGAAGAAGAAGAAAAAAUAUGAAGCAAUCAUUACUGUUGUGAAGCCAUCUACCCGUAUUCUUUCAAUUAUGUAUUAUGCAAGAGAACCUGGAAAAAUUAACUACAUGCGAUAUGAUACACUGGCCCAGAUGUUGACUUUGGGAAAUAUCCAUGCUGGCAAUAAAAUGGUUGUAAUGGAAACUUGUGCAGGCUUGGUGCUGGGUGCUGUAAUGGAGCGGAUGGGGGGUUUUGGGUCAAUCAUUCAGAUGUACCCUGGAGGUGGUCCUGUUCGAGCAGCAACAACUUGUUUUGGAUUUCCAAAAUCUUUCUUUAAUAGUCUUUAUGAAUUCCCCCUUGGCAAAGUGAACAGUCUUCUAAAUGGAACAUUUUCUUCCAAAGCUUUGCCUUCAGAAUCCAUUAGUGUUUCAAUAGAAGAAAACAAUGGCAUUCUUCUUGAUGACCUACAGACUUCUCCCAAGGAGAAAGAAGAAAACAUCACUGAAGUUAUAGAAAACAACCAUCCUCAACAAGAAACAAUGGAGAUCAUUUCUCAAGAACCAGAAUUCAAGGAGCAUAAAGAAAGAGGAAGUAAAAAAGACUAUAUUCAAGAAUUCCAAAGAAAACAAGAACAACAGAAGAAAAGACAGAUAGAAGCUGCUGCUCUAUUGAGUGAAAGAAAUGCAGAUGGUUUAAUUAUAGCCAGUCGAUACCACCCAACACCACUGGCUCUUUCUUUGUUGGAAUUUGUUGCUCCUUCAAGACCUUUUGUUAUCUACUGUCAUUAUAAAGAGCCACUUGUAGAGUGCUAUACAAAAUUAAGAGAAAAGGGAGGAGUUAUUAAUCUCAGGCUAUCAGAAACCUGGCUCAGAAAUUAUCAGGUUCUGCCAGAUCGAAGUCAUCCCAAACUGAUAAUGAGUGGAGGUGGAGGUUAUCUUCUCUCAGGCAUCACUGUUGCUAAUGAUAAACAAAAACCAGAGACCUGUACAUUAGAGUCACAAAAGACUGAAGAGCCAACAGCUAAAAAGCGGAAAAUUCAGGAGUCUGACUCAGCCCUUGGAGAUCUACCUUGAUUUUACUUCUAAGGAGUCUUUGAGUUAGCAAUUCACAUACUUAACAUGCCAUUACCAAUUGCUUCUUGGUACCAGAAGAGCAUGUUUACACGGCCAUUCUUGGAAACCUGGUUGUAUUAAUGUAUUUUAAUGAAACAUUUUCCAGUUAACACCAGGCUGUUGGGAAGAAAAAAAUAAACCUUCAAGUCUCUUUAUAGACACAGGUGUUGGAUUCAUCACAGUAUGAAGCUGCCAGGAAAACCAAAGCUCUUUGGCGUGAAAUGAUGUUUAACUUAACCAAUUCACUUGUGUGUCUUAAAAUUGUAUGACAAUUAGUGUCUUAAAAUUUCAGAUAAAGUAAGAAAGAUAAUCCCCAUCCUUUUGUAUAUAGGACUCAACUUGGUUUUAACCAGUUGACACCUCUUUAUCCAUGUGCACAUACAUAUGUAUUGAAAAAAUUUAUGGAAGAAAAGUUUAAGCAAUAUGAGAAGCUUUGUAUAAUUUGCAGUACCAAAUAUUUCCUAUCUUUCUCCAAUGGUAUUAUGUACAUUUUAAAAUUGUGUUGGUUUUAAUUAUUUUUAAUAUUUGACAACUUGAGGUUGUAAAUAUUUGUUUUACUGUUAUCAUGGUAUAUAGAAGGGUCAUGGUGGGGUAAUUUUUUUUUUCCAAAAAGCUUUUCAUUCGUCAUUUCCAAUAAAAACUACUCUUAACUUUUCUCUCAGUAUUAAAAUUGAGACAGAUUUUUUGGUAUAUUUUUUUCAUGAAGGAUCUCUUUAUUAUACAAAGGGCAAAUGAGCCAUCAGUACUUGAGGUGUGGCAAUAAAAUAAUGAGACUUUUUAACGAUUUGUAAAACUUGUCUCAUCUAGUUUCUCACCUCAAUCAAGAGUCUUCCUUUUUAUGACUAUUAGUUAAUGUAGUCAAUGAUGGUCACGAUUCCAUUUUGCUGGGUUUUAGCAUAGUUAGGUAGUUAGAUUUUUAAAUUUUUUAAUAAAUAGGACCUGAUUUCAUUAUUCGUUUGCAACUGAACAAAGGUUUUCAGAUUAUCUGUCUUCAGAGUUUUAAAAUACAUUUGUUGACAUAAUGUGGUUAUUAAUAUUUAUUAAAUAUUAAUAAUUUAUUAGUAAUAUUAUCUUACUGUGGAAUUCUCAUGGGGAAAAAAUCUAGGGGGAUAUGCCUGGUUAGCCUUAUGUUAUUUAAACUGCUAGAUCUAGACUUUGUAUUCUGAUAAUGGCAAAUUGAUAAUUAUCAAAAAAUAUAUGUCUGUUAUUUUUCUAUAUUUGGUAGUCAUGCAUUCAUACUGAAUCUUAGUUUAAUGAUACAAUAAAUCUAGGUGUUUCUACUGCCACUAUCUGAGCACAUUCUGAAACGUGGGAUAAACAGAGAAGACAUUUGUCUGGUUAGAGAUUCCAAUCUUACAACUAUUUAUUGUCUGCUAUGUACAACAUGAUAAGGGUACAAAGACAAAAUACAGUUCCUGACCUCAAAAACUUAAAUUAUACUGGAAUGUAUUGUUAUUGUUAAUUUACAGGCAUGGUUCAUAAAUCUGAUGGGUGAAAAUUUAUGUAGUGCACAAUGACUAUUUUUUAAAAAAUUAUUUACUUAUUUUGCAAUCAUUUAUUAUCUUUCCUUCCCAUUGCUUUCCUCAUUUCCCCACUUGACAAUAAAAAAGUAUGAAAAAUAAAAACAUUCAUAACAGA